UGAUGAAGGCCACGGUCCUGAUGCGGCAGCCCGGGCGGGUGCAGGAGAUCGUGAGCGCCCUCCGCAGGGGCGGAGGCGACCGCUUGCAGGUCAUCUCUGAUUUUGACAUGACCUUGAGCAGGUUUGCAUGCGAUGGAAAGCGAUGUCCUUCUUCCUACAACAUUCUGGAUAACAGCAGGAUCGUCAGCGAGGAGUGCCGGAAAGAGUCGAUUCCCAUGUUUAUCGGGCACUGCCGCUGACUGGCCCUGCGUGAGACACGCUCCCUCUCCAGGAGGUCGGAGGCUCUGGUGUGUGGAAGGGAACCGAAGCCAGAGGAGGCACCUGUGUUCCCUCGGUGGCAGAGUGAUGGAGGCGCCCACUGACGCGCUGUGUCCCAAACUACAGUCCUCUAGUUCCACUUUUGUGAUUUUGCUGAAUGCACUCCUUCACCACUACUACCCGAUUGAAAUCGACCCACACCGGACCAUCAAAGAGAAGUUACCUCACAUGGUGGAAUGGUGGACCAAGGCGCACGAUCUCCUGUGUCAGCAGAGGAUUCAGAAGUGUCAGAUCGCCCAGGUGGUGAGGGAGUCCAAUGCGAUGCUUCGAGAGGGCUACCAGACGUUCUUCAACACCCUCCACCAAAACGACAUCCCCCUUUUCAUCUUCUCUGCGGGCAUCGGGGACGUGCUGGAGGAAAUCAUCCGCCAGAUGAGAGUGCUGCACCCCAACAUCCACAUCGUGUCCAACUACAUGGAUUUCGACGAGGAGGGUUUCUUGCAGGGAUUCAAGGGCCAGCUCAUACACACAUACAACAAGAACAGCUCCGUGUGCGAGAACUCCAGUUAUUUCCAGCAGCUCCAGGGCAAAACCAACAUCCUCCUGCUGGGAGACUCCAUGGGGGACCUCACGAUGGCCGAUGGGGUUCCGGGUGUGGAGAACAUUCUCAAGAUUGGCUUCCUAAAUGACAAGGUGGAGGAGCGGCGGGAGCGCUACAUGGAUUCCUAUGACAUCGUGCUGGAGAAGGACGAGACGCUGGACGUGGUCAACGGGCUGCUGCAGCACAUCCUGCACCAGGGGGACUGGCUGGAGACGCAGGGCUCCUGAGUGCGCAGGCGCAGGCUCCUGUCCCCAGCAGCUGUGACGGGGAGGGGCGCCCCCGCGCGGCUGUUCCUCCGCUGCAAGCCUGGUGUGUACGGAGGACAGUCCACAGCACCCACGAGCUGCGGGGGCCCUCACCCUCCCCUCCUCCUUUCCCUGACGCAUUCUGUGUUCCCUCUGGGCUCUUCAAGGCCUGAGGGAGGCUCUGCCUGGUGGGAGGUAGCAAAAGUCAUUCCCGUGAGUCGGACCUGCAGGGCGUUCACGUUCUGGGGACCACUUGGUCCAGGAUUCUUUCUUUUCAGAAAUGCUUACCAUGGAAAGCUGUUCUUCAACAAAUCGGAUGUGCAAAGCAGGACAAAAUAAAAAAAGUUAAAACAGGA